GCAAGGACCACGCGGCCGAGAUCGCCUCCAUGGCCCUGGACCUCCUGCACGCCACCGAGAACUUCGUGGUGCCGCACAUGCCCGGCGAGCGCCUGCAGAUCCGCAUCGGCAUCAACACGGGCCCCGUGGUGGCGGGCGUGGUGGGCUCCAAGAUGCCCCGCUACACCCUCUUCGGCGAGUCCGUCAACAUCGCCUAGAUGGAGUCCACCGGCCUGCCCUUCAAGAUCCACAUCACGGCGUCGACCAAGGAAGCCCUGGACAAGGUGGGAGGCUUCAUCAUGAAACUCCGCGGCGAGAUGGAAAUUAAGGGUAAGGGCUCCAUGGAGACGUACUGGCUCAUCGGGAAGCACGGGAAGCUGCCCGAGCGCCGCGUCGAGUCCGACCGCGAGGAGGAGAUCGACGUCAUGGCCGAGAACCCGCACACGGACGCCCGCAGGAAGCAGCGGAAGGCGCAGAAGAAGAAGGAGAGGGAGAACAAGGAGAAAUCCACGGUGCGCAGGGCCAUCGACUCCAUCAAGGAGCAUCUGCCCAACCAUGAAUAAUGAUUGUAAAAUCAUUACACACUUGGGAGUUCAAAAGCUAAGCCUCCGGGUAGCGUGGGCGUGCGAGGUACAACGUCUAGUUUGAAGCAGGCGCGAGCAGCACGGGCUAGGACCGCCCCUUUCACGACGGCAUG